AUGUCUUUCUCCAGCAAUAACUACUUAAGGAGCACAAGCUCCACUCUCCAACCCACUGGACCAAGCCUAGGCAGUUCUAUCUACAGACAAACAUCCAUCAAAAAAUACCGAGCACCCAGUGUCCAUGGAGGAGCUGGUGGUUAUGGAACCCGUAUUUCCACUGGUGUCAACUAUGGUGGUGGCUCUUGGGGUAGCUUUGGCGGUGGUUUUCAACCCAACGCUUUCACCAAUGACCUUCUUCUUGCUGGCAAUGAGAAGGUGACCAUGCAGAAUUUGAAUGACCGUUUAGCUUCGUACCUGGAAAAAGUGCGCUCCUUAGAAACCGGCAACUCCCAUCUUGAGAAGCGGAUCCGGGAGUGGUAUGAAAACACCUCCCCUGCCACUAGACAAGACUACACCGCAUAUUACAAAACGAUUGAAGACCUCCAAAACCAGAUUGCUGCAGCACGACUAGAUAACACCCAGCUCGUCCUGCAGAUUGACAACACCAAGCUGGCUGUCGAUGAUUUCCGAGUAAAGUAUGAGACUGAGCUGGGGCUCAGACAAAGCGUGGAAAAUGACACAGCGGGGCUGCUGAGACUAAUUGAUGACUUGACCUUGAUAAAGGCUGACUUGGAGCACCAAGUGGAAGGGCUGAAGGAAGAACUGGCUUACCUCAAGAAGAACCAUGAAGAGGAAAUGGCAAGAUUGCGCCAGCAGCUGAGCGGCACGGUGACAGUGGAGGUGGAUGCCGCUCCAAGCAUUGACCUCGCGCAGAUUAUGGACAAUAUGCGUCAGCAAUAUGAAACCAUGGCAGAUAAGCACCGCCAAGAAGCUAAGCAACGGUUUGAAAAACAGAUUGAAGAAUGGAAUGUGGAAAUAACCACCAAUUCCCAACAAGUUGAGAGCAACAGAAAUGAGAUUACAGAUCGGCGACGCAUUCUCCAGGGCCUGGAGAUUGAACUCCAGUCCCAGCUUGGUUUGAAAACAAAUGCGGAGAAUGCCGUGGCAGAGAUUGAAGCACGUUAUGGGGUGUACCUGGCCCAAAUACAAGCCUCCAUUGCGAAUGUGGAGGCCCAGCUGCUGCAGCUGCGGGAAGACAUGGAGCGGCAGAGUUCCCAGUACAACAGCCUCUUGGAUAUUAAGGUCCAGCUAGAGGCAGAGAUUGCCACUUAUCGCCGCUUGCUGGAAGGAGAGGACAGCAGAUAUCAGUUCCCCUCGAGAAUAUGUAAUCCCAGGAGAUCUUCAACCACCACUCGGAAGAUCAAAACCGUUGUUGAAGAGAUGGUUGAUGGAAAAGUGGUGUCAUCCCAAGUCAGAGAGAGAGAAGAGAAGAUGUAG